UACAGCUCAUGCAAACUAGUGGCAAUUUCUGAGUCUCAGCCUCUUUCUCCCUUUCUGUCUCUGGUUUCUAAGCACACAUGUCAAGCUCUGGCAGGCUCAAGACUGUCUUCUGAAUUCCUGGAUUUUCUUUCUGGAAGUUCCCCUUGCGUUGUUAAUGAACCAUGGACAUCAUUGGCUUUCUGAAGUCUCAGUUCAUUUGCCACCUUCUUAUCUGCUACAUAUUUAUAGUGUCGGGACUGAUAAUUAACUUCAUUCAGCUCUUCACACUUGUCCUCUGGCCAAUCAACAAGCAGCUUUUCAGGAAGAUCAAUUGCAGACUGGCUUACUGCAUUUCAAGCCAGAUGGUGAUGUUGCUGGAAUGGUGGUCAGGCACUGAUUGCACCCUCUACACUGACCCAGAGAGUUACCACAAGUACGGGAAAGAGAAUGCCAUCGUAAUCCUUAAUCACAACUAUGAAAUCGACUUUCUCUGUGGUUGGAACUUUUGUGAAAGAUUUGGGGUUUUAGGGAGUUCCAAAGUGCUUGCAAAAAAGGAACUUUCUUACGUGCCUAUCAUUGGUUGGAUGUGGUAUUUCCUAGAGAUAGUCUUCUGCAAGCGUAAAUGGGAGGAAGAUCGGAAAAUUGUCAUGCAGAGCUUGCUCAAUCUCCGGGAUUACCCUGAAAAAUUUUGGUUCUUGAUACACUGUGAGGGCACGAGAUUCACAGAGCAGAAGCACCAAAUCAGCAUGCAGGUUGCUGAAGCCAAAGGCCUGCCUAAACUCAAGUAUCAUCUGCUGCCCCGGACAAAGGGAUUUGCUGUCACCGUGCAAAGUUUGAGAAAUGUAGUUUCAGCUGUGUAUGAUUCUACGCUCAAUUUUAGAAAUAAUGAGAAUCCAACUUUGCUGGGAGUUUUAAAUGGGAAGAAAUACCAUGCAGAUUUAUAUGUAAGACGGAUUCCAUUAGAGGAAGUCCCAGAAGACGAACAGGAAUGUUCUAAGUGGCUUCACAAACUCUAUCAAGAAAAGGAUGCCUUUCAAGAAGAAUACUACAGAACAGGAAGCUAUCCAGCUACUCCCAUAGUGCCACCUCGGCGGCCAUGGACUCUUUUGAACUGGCUUUUCUGGGCCUUCUUGCUGCUAUAUCCUUUAUUCCAGCUGCUUAUCAACAUGGUCAGCAGUGGAUCAUCACUGACGCUGGCUAGUUUUGCUUUUGUCAUCAUUGUGGCUUCUGUUGGUGUUCGAUGGAUGAUAGGGGUGACUGAAAUUAAUAAGGGUUCUACCUACGGCAACAAUGACAACAAGCAGAAACAAAUGUAAUAUCUCCAGAGACUGCUUCAAUACAGAGGGAACAAAUGCAACUUCUGAAAACUCUUUACUUGCACAUCAUGUUCUUUCAAGGGGGGGGGCGGCGUAUCUGAAUUUGUGCUCCCAUUUUGUUUCCUUGGGGCUGGGGCUAGAUUUCAGACUUGCUGAAGGGUGUUCUGCAUCUCACCUCUUCAAAACAGGUUGGCCUUUUGUUUGUUGGUUUUCAUAUGAAGUGUCUUACAUUUGGAAGAAAAAACCUCUAGUGAUAUAUUAUAGGUCCACAUGGGAAUUAACAGUUGGCUGGGGGGGGAUACAAGUUUUUCUCAACAUGCUCUAAGAAAUGGAUCGUAAAUGGUUAUAUGAGAAAAUUAAAAUGGAAAUUUUGUAUGUCUAGAUCAUGUUAUCAGUUUCAUGACCAUAAUCUGUUGUUUCAAUAUACUUUGCUCAAUUAGAGAAAUGUCAAAUUGAACCAGGCCCACUGCAGAAAAUAGGUUUCAGUAGAGCUAUUCCACUUGAGGUCCUAAUUGUACAAUGAGAUUCACUCAGUCCCUGCACCCAUUAACUUGAAUGGGACUGAGUAUGAGGGUCUGUCCCUCCAGCACACCCUGCAAGAUUGGGGUCUUUGUGAUGGAACUGGUGGUAGAAUUUGGCCCAGGGAAUUUUGAACAUGGGUGUGGUGUUUAGACAUGACAAAUGUACCUAGCACAUCACCAUUCCUUAAAAUUGCUAAGCAGUUUUGGAUUAGCUUCAGAGCACUGAUGUAUGCAAUGAUUAGACUGAAUACUGUUUACAGUUUGGGAGAGGUAAAUUUAUUUUUAGCUUAUAAAAUACUUAUACAUAUAGGCCUUCAUGCAGUGGUAGGAAAGAAAGACAUCUGUAUGUCCUUCAACAAAACAAGGUUAGGGAAUCAUUUGCUUUUGUCUCUUCGGAGAAAUAACUACACUUAGCCUCAGAGGGUGCAGCUUAAGAUAACCUUGAAGCUAGAUGAUUUCCUUAGGUUUUAUUUUUUUUCUAGGCAUGCCUUGCAUUUCAGAGCCCGAUGGAGUUGAUCUAGUUUCCAGUGAGACAACCUUACUGACUGUAGUAAUUCCAGGCCCUUGCCCUUUGGAAAGAAUUCUGUCCUUCAUUAAGCUAGGCUUGCUUUUAUAUCCUAGCUCUGCUGCCUUUGUGACAUCUUGGUUUUUAAACAUCAUAACCUGUGGAAAUUUCCUGAUUAAAAAGUUUUUUGCAACCAAUGAAUACCUGAAGGUCACUAUUCUCUUUUUUUCUCCUAGAUUUGGGCAUAGUGCAUUUCACCAAGCCACAGCUCCUAUCUGUAUUAGACAGUGACAUUUACUGUUGAGAUCCCCCCCCCCCCCACACAUACUUUCUAAAGGGAAUCUGGUGAAAGCCUCUCAAGCAGUUUUAUUUGUACCAGAUGGUAAAAGAGUGCAGCGGAAUACUCAAAGAAACAGGGCUAACAAUGCAAAGAACUCCAUGCAUGAGGUAUUUGCUGUUCAGUAGUUCAAAUGUUACUUUUAAGAGAGCAGAGAUGAAUAUUUCUAUCGUAAUAUGAGUGGGGGUAGUGCUACUUUCUUAGUGGAGGGGCAGUUGCAGGGAAUGGGUUUGAAACUCAUGGCUGUUAGAAAAAUGUGCAGUCUGAAGCAGGAAUCUGAAUGUCUGAGGCAGAUUGAUUUUGCUCACUUUACUGGUCUAUAUAAUAGGUAAGACUUCAGGGUUUCAUGCCCCCACAGCCUUGAAUGGCUCUGAGUAGUAUAGGGACAGGGUCUUUUAAACUCACUGCUAAGGAUAGGGUCUAUGCUUGCAUUCUUUCCAGGCUCACAAUAUUCACUGAAGUGAAGGUGAAUUUUGGGUGUACAAAGAUCACAUGACUGCAGGCUUCCUUAGGCCUUUUCUACAUAUAAAAUGGAGUAACUGCUGUGGAGAUACUGAGAAUAGAGGCUGCUGGCAUGCUUUUGCCCCAGUACCAACUGGAACACUCCACCAAGGGAGAAGCACAGCCCAAUACAGUCCUGUACAGAAACCCCCUAUGGCAUGACAUUAAGGAGACUCACAAGCACCACCCAUAAUGCUGCACAGCCUGUCCCUGUCAUUUUGAAAGUGAGGGCAGCAAGGGAAAACUCUGUUCAAGCCAUCUUACUGGAGCACAAAGUGUAUGGUUUGGUAAAGUAGUGGGAGUGUCUUUUUCAACUGGGGCUCGCUGCUGAACAGCAAAUGUGUAUUAGGUCAGAGGCACACAGCCCUUGUAUUUAUUUUAAUGUUAAUAUGAAAAAAUGUUUGAUUGUGGAAUGUUUUAGUACAUACCAAUUAUUCUGAAAGAGAAUUUAGAUUAGGCUAAAGCACUUAAAUCCUGUCUUUCAUUCCAUGCACUCCCAGGAGUCCCACUGAUUUAACUGGGAAUUUUGGAUGUACAAGGAAUGUAGGAUUGGACCUUCCAAAGCUCUACAUAAAUUUAAGUGAUUAUCCUGCCCUUGUUUCUGAAAUCAGAAUUGUACCGCUUGUGGCUUUGUUGGAAUGCCUGUAAAAGGUACUUGCCAAAAUUAGAGACUGGUUUAUUGUAUUAAAAGAAUGACCUAUUGUCUUGUUAGACACCAGUGUUUACUUCCCCUCCCUUGAGCAACUGUAUGUUUUACAAUGGCCUUAACAAAAGUAGUCUGAAGUUUGUUUAUACAAAAAAUAAAGAGUUAAGUGCAAAACUUG